AGGUAUAAAAAUGAGAUUUUAUAGCUUAAACUUUCUAAUUGAUUAGAAAGGGCAAACGCUCCAGGGCUUUGGAAUCAAUGGCUAACGGAGUCGGCUCCCAAGUGUUCAUCAGCAGACUGUCGUCAUACACAACCAUCGAACGACUCAAGAGUCUGUUUUCAGUCUUCGGUGCAGUGUCUGAAGCUCGGCUUGUCAGAGACCCCAAAACCCAUAGGCCCAAAGGCUUCGGUUUCGUGACAUUUCAGUCGCCGGUUGAGGCCGAGAAGGCUAUUCGAGCCAUGAAUGGUCGGAUAGUUGACGGAAGAUUGAUUUUCGUUGAAUUUGCAAACACAAGGGGACGUGGGGUACAUUGAUUUUCUUUUCGCUUAACAGAGCUUCUCAACUCUGUCAACUUUUUCCUAAAUUUCAAACUCAACUUUUUCCCAAAUUUCAAUGCUUACUAUUAACGUCUAAUCUCUUCCGAGAUUAACGUGGGAUUGUUUAAUUUAUGUGUGAUUUUCCUUUUUUCUUUUUGU